AUGUAUGCCUCAACACAAACUGCAGGACAAAUGACAUGGCACUAUCAGAACACGUCGACGAAUGGUGUUUUGCGUCAUCCAUGCGAUGGAGAGGCUUGGAAGCACUUUGAUAGAGUAUAUCCUGACUUUGGUAUCGAGGCACGCAAUGUUCGACUCGGUUUAUGCUCUGACGGUUUUAACCCAUAUGUACAGGCAUCAAAUAUACCAUAUUCAUGUUGGUCAGUUAUUGUAACUCCUUAUAAUCUUCCUCCAAAAAUGUGCAUGUCUAAACCUUACAUGUUCUUAACAUGUCUCAUUCCCGGGCCAUUCAAUCCAAAGGUUGGCAUAGAUGCGUACUUAGAGCCCUUGAUAGACGAAUUGAAGAAGUUGUGGACGGGUGUCAUAACAUAUGAUAUUUCAAGGAAACAAAACUUUAUUUUGAGGGUCAUGCUAAUGUGGACAAUUAAUGAUUUUCCUGCGUAUGGUAUGUUGUCCGGCUGGAGCACUCAUGGUAAACUGGCAUGCCCACAUUGCAUGGAGCAUACAAAGGCUUUUAGAUUAUAUCAUGGGGCAAAAAUUUCAUGGUUUGACUCUCAUCGGAGGUUUUUACCGAAAGACCAUGCUUUUAGGAGGAAUAGGAAUGCUUUCAAGAAGGGGGAAGUGGAGAUGGAUGACGCACCACCAUAUCUUAUAGGACCAGAAGUUUGGAAUAGAAUCAAUGGUUAUCCUAAAAUAACUGAAAAUGGUGCGGCAAGAAUUGAUGGAUACGGUGAGUGGCAUAAUUGGACGAAAAAAAGCAUCUUUUGGGAUCUACCCUAUUGGAAGGAUAAUUUGUUAAGGCAUAAUCUUGACUUCAUGCACAUUGAAAAAAAAUUCUUUGACAACAUCUUUAAUACUGUGAUGAAUGUUGCGGGGAAGACAAAAGACAAUGACAAGGCCCGAAUGGAUAUAGGUUUGUACUGUAGACGAAAAGAUUUGGAGCUAAAAAGUCAUAGCAAUGGAAACAUGUAUAAGCCAAAAACAAAUUAUACACUAUCAACAGACCAAAUAAAACAAGUCUGUCAUUGGGUAAAAGGUCUUAGGAUGCCUGAUGGAUAUUCUUCUAACUUGUCAAGGUGUGUUGAUGUGAAUAGGGGAAAGCUCAUUGGGAUGAAAAGUCAUGAUUGCCAUGUGUUUAUGGAAUGCUUACUUCCUAUAGCGUUUAGUUCUUUACCGGCUCAUGUUCUGAAUCCCAUUACAGAAAUAAGUCAUUUCUUUAGAGAUUUGUGUUCUACAACAUUGAACAAGGAUGACCUGGCGAAGAUGGAAGAAAACAUUCCCAUCAUUCUGUGCAAGAUGGAGAGAAUAUUUCCUCCCUCAUUCUUUGAUUCUAUGGAACAUCUCCCUAUCCAUCUUCCAUAUGAGGCACGACUUGGUGGACCAGUCCACUAUAGGUGGAUGUACCCAUUUGAAAGGUUCAUGGGAUAUGCUAAACGUUCAGUAAAGAAUAAGGCUAGGGUUGAAGGAUCUAUUUGCGCAUCAUACUUACACAAAGAAACAACUCAUUUUUGUUCCCACUAUUUCAAAAACUUCAUGUUAACACUACAAAGCAAUAGAAAUGAAGUAGACAUUGAAAUAGAAAGCUUUACGACAACAUUAUCAGUGUUUAACCAACCUGGCCGUCAUUCUGGAAGGGAAUCAACACAUUGGUUAAGUGAUGAAGAAUUGAGAUCAGCUCAUGUUCAUGUAUUGAUCAAUUGCAAUGAAGUUGAACCUUACCUUCACUCAUUCUUACAUGUCUAUCAACUAUCUGAGUCAAACAGUUCGACGUACGUACAUGCUAAUUUCCCAUUGUGGUUCAGGCAAAAAGUUCAUAACGAUCCUUUAAGUGUGAGAAACCAACAUCUUAGAGAUUUAUCACUUGGUCCUUUAAGGUGUGUAAAGGAAUGGCACACCUUCUUUGCUAAUGGAUACAAAUUUCAUACCCAUGCAUGGAGUCAGGGCAAGAGGACAAUAAAUAGUGGGGUUCAUGUUAAAGGGCUAACAGAAGGAGGUCAAGAUGAUUUUUAUGGUGUCAUUAAACACAUCUAUGAGUUGGAAUACAAUUCAACAACCACUGAAAAGAAAACUGUAUUAUUUUAUUGUGAUUGGUUUGAUCCAUCGAGAGUAUGUACAAGGGUGGAUUCAAAGUAUGGCAUUGUGGAUAUUCGAAUGGAUAAAAGAUAUGUGUUGUUUGAUCCUUUUAUCAUUGCACAUAAUGUACAACAAGUGUAUUAUGUACCAUAUCCUACAUCACGCACGGACAAACGAGGUUGGUGUGUUGCGAUAAAAACGAAGCCUAGAGGUCGCAUUGAUUCUAAUGAUGUAGAAGCCGAUGUGCCAUACCAAGUGGAGGAAAUGUCACAUGUUAAUGACAUCAUUGAAGUUGAAGAAGUAGUCCGAUUACAAGAUGUAGAAGCUGGUCUUGAAGAAGUUGACCCUAAUAAUAUUUCAUCAUUUCAAGGACAAAUAGAUGAAGAUACAACAGAAUCAGAAGAAUACAAUGCAGAAGGACAGGGUGAAGAUGAUAAUGAAGAUGAAUUUCAUAGUUCUAGCACUGAAUAG